GUUUGAUCCAUCAAUAACUUUAACUUUUUGUUGUUUUUCAAAUUUGGUGUUUAUAGUUAAUUUGGCUUUCUAGCAAGCCACCUUUAAUAUAAAUUGUCAGACUUACCUGAACCCCUAUUCAGGUGACCAGCUGUCUUCCACCGGGUAUCCUGCGAAGCAAUAAUGAAUGUUUGCCGCCUGUGCCUCUCAAAGGACGCCAACUUUCCUGUUUUUGGGACUGGCACGGCUGCUUUGAGGAUUAUGUCCUGCACAUCGCUGGACAUCGAACCCGGCGACGGUCUGCCGCAGAACAUAUGCACCCCCUGUCGUCUGCGCCUGGAGGAGAUGCACUGCUUCCGUCGUCGCUGCCAGGCAGCCGACCGGCGCUUAAGGCGCCACAAGGCGUUGCUGCGGCAGGGGGUCAAAUCGAAUUUGGGGGAGGUAGCGGAGGAACUGGAUGCCCUGCAGGAUGUGGCGGGAUGCAAUGGCACGGCCUGUUCUGAGAACAACGCCCAGUGGCGCCAACAGGCUGCCCAGCUCAUUCGCGCCGAGAUGGAUGCCUACAAAAAGGAGCUCCUGGCCACCUGCAAACAGGCUGUGCGGGCCGACAUCGAGCUGGAGCUCCGGGCGGAACUGGAGGAGGUCAUCAUGACCGAGGCCAAGCAGCAGCUGCGGCUGAGCGUCCUGGACGACUUGUUCUACGAGCUGGAAAGCUACUUUGUGCGCAAGCGCAACGAGACUGCCGGCGAGCAGGUCCAUUGUUCUGAGAGCUUGGCCUCCGGAUCCGAUAUGAGGAUUAGCUCGAACACUCAGCUGGCUUCCGAUGGCUUCUACGAAUCAGUGGCCGGCGAGGAGCCAGAGGAAUCCAACGAUGGUAGCGUGGUGGAGCUACUGGACGACGAACCAGAGACCAGCAAUCAGCCAGCUGCCACUUCUACAGUCGCCGUUCCCAUGGUCGAGAUCAACAUGAACGACCCGCAGCUAAGUCAUUUGCGGGAGGAGUUUAACAGGGACGCCUUUCUGAGUACUCAAAGAUCCCCCAUAAAGGAUGUAAAAAAAGACACGCCUUCUCACAAGAAGGUGCGCUUCCAAAGCCCGAAAAAGAAGCUGGUCAGACUCUGCCGGAAGCACGCGUCCUUAUCGAGGCGGUACUCCCACACCAGUAACUACGAACCCAGCAACUGUGUGCGCUGCCGUCUCAGAGGAGCGGAUAAGCUCAAUAGAUCAGUAUCGUAGACUAUCGUUUUAACAAUGAACUUGCAACAUGUAACCAAAACGUGCCCUUUGUAUUUUGUAACGUGCAUGAAUGUAUGUUUCUUGCCGAAAAUAAUUUGAUAUUCUUUGUCCUAGCAUUCUUGAUGUCUGCAUAUAGUCUAAGU